UUUCUCCGCUGCAUGCUUCAUCUAUUUGGGGUCCACACAAGGUCCACAUGAUGUUGAACGAAGACAAGAGACGCCGUACCCGGUACCGCUUUUGCCUGUUGUAUUAUUAUAAACAUGGAGAGGUGCGCUCGCAAUCAACCCGCCUUCGCGCACCUAUACGCUGAACCACCAUGGGCAACUCAUCUUCGAAAUCGCCCAAACAAGCCUCCUUUGGCAGAUCGGACUCGAUAUCCAAACCGAAGGCACUCGCCUCCAACGCGGAUCCAGGAAUCAAAGAGGAUCAGCACAACGGAACCCCUGGUGGCGUAUCUCAGGCUCGUGUGCACAGACAUGCUACGGCGCAGGUCUCGCAUAGCCCAGGCUAUCUAUCUGCUCACACUGCUGGCCCACAUCGACGGAGUAGGUCUGCGGUAGCCAUGUUGAAUGCGUCGCGGGCCGUCCGCGAAUCUGCCCCACCUCCGUACGAAGUGGCGGUGGGCGCCGGUAUGCCCGGUCCAAGUACCCUCGCCGUUCCACAAGCCAAUGUCAAUGCGAGACGGAGGUCGUUCGCGGGUGCGUCGAUUGUCCGUGCUCCGGCUGGAGUGCCGUCGAUGUCGGUAGCGGAGCGCAUGGAGGCACUGAGGCGACCAAUGCGCCAGAACAGCGUAGAGGAUGCCUUAGAGACAUUGCGCAAGUAUAACACCGUGAUUGUGGUUGAUGACUCUGGGUCGAUGGCAGGUAGUCGAUGGAAAGAAGCUCGGAAUGCAUUGGCAGCCCUGGCGGGCAUUGCAUCAAAGUAUGAUACCGAUGGGAUUGACGUCUGCUUCCUGAACAGUAAGCAUGUCGGGAACAACGUGAAGGACCCAGAACUCGUCCGACGAUUGUUCGAUACAGUAAGGCCUGGGGGACCCACGCCCAUCGGCGAGAAGCUAGAGACUCUGCUCCUGUAUUACCUUGACGGUUUGGAGAGAGCCAAAGCCCGCGCGGACGAGGGGGAUCACUCCUUCAUGAAGAGCAUCAAGCCAGUCAAUUAUAUCAUGAUCACAGACGGCGCCGCAACGGAUGAUCCUGAAGCUGUUAUUGUGGCAGCUGCCCGGCGACUCGAUACGCAUAACUUCCCGCUUACACAGGUCGGAAUCCAAUUUGUUCAGAUUGGUAACAGUCCGGAUGCCACUGAGUUCCUGAACGAGCUCGACAACGGACUUGGCCAGAAUUAUGGCAUACGCGAUAUCGUCGAUACUACACCUUACUUAGGCGGUGAACUGAACGCAGAAAUCAUCAUCAAGAUCCUGCUCGGAGGGAUCAACCGACGAGUCGACAAGAGGGGCGGCCAGAGCGUUGUCUGACCGAGGAUCCAUGAGUUCCGUUGCCGACUUGUUUCAUUCAUGACACUUCUGUAAUCUUCAGUUGACAUUUCUUGUGUGCGCCUCGCAUCC